GCGGCGCAAUGAGGUAGCGCAGUAAGUUGAUGCGUGCAUUAAAGUAACUAAACACGUAACAAUUAUUUAAAUAACUAGAACGUGCACAUUUAUAAUGUUUUAUAAACAAAUCAUUAGGUAGUUAUUGCUAAAUACAUGCCAAUAAUGGAUAUUAGUAUAUGUGAGGUCACUUGUGUGUAGAGAAAUGCGCACAAGCGUUACCCGCAUUUUUGCACUUUGCGAGUGAAUUAUCAAAUACGAAAACAGCUGAAAAUUUAAUUGAACCAAAACAAAAGAAAGUGUAAUCAGUGUGAAACGCAAUUUAAAAAAUGCAUUACUAAUAUUUGCUGUGCACAAAUGAAGCUGCGUAGCAAGUAAACAAUUCAUAAAACCACAAAGCACAUAUCGAGCAGUUCCUCGUGUGGUUGGAUGUGGGUAUCGCCCGCCCGCAGCACUCCAUUGAGAAAUUAAUUAAUAAACAAAAGCCCCGAUCAGUGCAAAGUGCAAAGAUGACGGAGGAUACGAAGCUGGCGCUGCGGCAGGCCGAGGUGUCGGUGCAGCGUUUCCGGGACAUGGCCGUGCCGCAUCAGCUGAGCCUGCUGGAGAAUCAUCGCAGCAACAUUGAGAAGAGCCUGGCCCUCUGCGACUGGCAGAAGAUCAAGAAGGAGGAGCUGAAUGCGCUGCGUGUCAUCAAACAGAUGAAGAAUCUGCUGCUGGAGAUGGAUGCGCUGCGCGACAAGCUGCAGCCGGAGGAUCAGGCGCGUUUCGAUGAGCUGAUGAAGCCGGGCAAGGACAAGGCCUUCGAGGGCAUGAGAAGAUUUGCAGAACUGCAGCUAAAGUCGCCCAGCUCGGCGCGUGCCUCGCACUACGACGAGGAUCAGGACAAUCCGGCCGUGGUGGACAUUGAGCAGGUGCCCGCGCUGCAGCACACGCUGCCGCAGCUGCAGACGAACUUCCAGCUGGAGCAGCAUCAGCUGGCGCAGAGGCAGGCGUGCCUGGACCAAAUGGAGCGACUGCAGAACGAAAUCCACGAUCUGCACGGCAUGUUCCACGGCCUGCGCCAGCUAACCCAGGAGCAGGCGGUCAGCGUGCAGUCCAUUGCGGACAAUGCCGAGGAGGCGCUCGAGAAUGUCCAAGCGGGCGAGGGCCAUCUGCGCAACGCACUCAAGUACAAGAAGGCCAUGUAUCCGAUGGUCGGCGCACUGCUGGGCACCUGCGUGGGCGGACCCAUUGGCCUGGUGGCGGGCAUGAAAGCCGGCGGCCUGGCCGCCGUUGGCUGCGGCUUGCUCGGCUUCACGGGCGGCUCCGUGCUAAAAAGCAAUCCCAAUGUGCUGCAGGGCAACAUUGAGGAGCAGCAGGAACUAGCUGGCGAUUCCAACGAAACCCUGCAGCUGGCCGAGAAGUCGGAAUGACCUCGCGCCCUGGCCACGGCGCACAUGUGGACGGCGAAUCAGCGUCGCCUGGAGGCGGCUACCACGGGCGUCAUCUGCAGCGUGCGCAGCUAUUGCGCCCUGCAGUAGGGCUUAGGGCAGGGCCUGCUGAUCGAAGAUUGAUCUAGGAGUGUCUCGGUUUGUUGAAAGUCGUGUGUCCAGCUGUUGAUGCAGCAGACGCUUCGAAUUUGCAUUUCUCCAAAUCAUUUUCGCACAAUCUUUAGCCCAUUCUUAGAUUAGCUUAAGCGUUGUUUAAUAUUUGUUGUUUUCGCCAAGGCAGUUACCAAGUAGCUUUUAUCUAUACAAAACUCUUUGUCUCGACUCGACUGACUGACUGAUUGAUUGACUGACUGACUGACUGAUUGAAUGUUCCCCUUUACUGUAGUUACCUUAUGUCCUCCUAGCCUAAGCACAUGCUCCCAAAUUCAUUUGCGAGGCGUUUUGUCAAUGCAAUUCCCUUUGGUGGAAGUGAGGCUCAAAGCUUUGAUGGGCUUAGUUUCUCGAAUCAAACUCAUUUUCCAAAGAUCUUUAUAAAAAUUCAUGCUUGAGCCGUGAUGCACGCAAAAUAACUCCAAAGUUUCUUUGGGCAAAGUUUCAAAUUUCCACCUCGAACUUAUUUUAAACAGCUUCCACAAAAAAAAAUGUGUCGCCCCUUUCUGCACUUUGAGCCGCCAGCGUGUAAGCAGCUAAAUAUACAGCUCCUGCACAUUGUUCUUUGCCAAUCUAUCGACUAAUAUAUAAAUAUAUAUACUAUAUAUGUAAAGUAUCUACAAAUUUGACCUAAGUUUUAGGAUUUUGUGUAUAAUUUUAAGGCUUUAAUGUGCAAUACAAACUCAUAUUGCUAACGGUUAAGUGUUGCUUGGAGUCUUCUUAAACUAUGCAUAUAUGCUU